AUGGCUCUCUAUGAGGCUCUAUACGGGAGGAAGUGUCCAUCGCUAGUAUGUUGGGCCGAAGUAGGAGAGAAGAGUAUUCUUGGACCGGAGAUUAUACAAGAAACUAACGAGAAAGUCAAGAUGAUCCAAGAUAAUCUUAAGAAAGCCCAAGACCGACCAAAGAAUUAUGCGGACAAACGGAGGAGGCCAUUAGAUUUUGAAGUUGGAGACCAUGUGUAUUUGAAGGUCACUCCGAGAUUGAGAUUGGGAGGACUGUUCAAAACGCGUAAGCUCAGCCCAAGAUACGUGGGACCUUAUCAGAUUCUCCAAAAGUUUGUACCUGAUGCCUUUCAUCCUAUUAUUCUGAAUUCUGUUGUGGUGGAACUAGAUCUUUCCUAUGAUCCUCAACCUUGUCGUAUCUUGGAGCAUGCUAGCAAGUCUCUACGGACUAAGGAGAUACCCCUAGUGAAAGUGCAGUGGGACGAGACGCGUCCUGAGGAAGCUACAUGGGAGCUUGAGUCAGAGAUGCGAGAAUCCUACCCUCACUUGUUCUGGUAA